CUCCUGAGGAGCGAACGCGCUUCCAGGAUGAUGGAAUGUGCUGUCUGUGGCGCUGCGGCUCCCCAGGUACAUCCCAUCUCGAUGGGAAGAUGAGUCGUCUCAUUAACGGAUGUCUGAGGUCCUUUAUCUGCAGAGCUGUUCGUGUCUGCAAGUCGCCUACUGCUCAAGGGCAAGCGCGACUGGUGCACAUGGAUACGGCAUGACAUGCUGUUUGUUUCGUGCAGGUGUGUCAGUUCUGCACAGGACUGGAAGAAUCACAAGCGCAUCUGCCCGAACGCCAAACACGCCAAGGCUGAGAGGGGCUGCUCGGAGGCAUGCGCGGAAUGCGGCAAAAGGGUAACCCAGGACAACGCUACGGACACUCGGGGCAAGAGACGAAGCACGAUCUGUAUCAUUGUCUUUGCAGAGUGCUCGUGGAGAGGAGAAGCCCUUCUGCUCAAAGGUAAGUGGUUGUACGUGUGACCGCCCUGUGUGUGAGUGAGUGUGUGUGUGUGUGUGUGCAUGCAGGCGUGUGCGUCGCGGCACAACAGCAAGAGGAGCCGAAUGGCCUCGCAAAGCGCCAGCAACGAUCAGGCAGCUCAGGUGCCGCAGUUGUGUCAAAUCUGCAAUAAGAGUGCGCCCACUCUGGUAAGCGUGUCAGCGCGCAUGCCCCCGGCACCUCCCUCUCCGUCCCUUUGUUGCCUGUGACAGAUGUGCAGGUGGUGAAGGAAAACCUUCGCGGUGUAUUCAAAAGCAACGACACGCGCGUGAUCCGCACACACGUCUGCUCCCACGUGCGUAAGACACCUCUUGCCUAUCAAGCGUCGCCAUGCACGUGUGUACACACGAGUCUCUCUCUCUCUCUCUCUCUCUGUGUGUGUGUGUGUGUGUGUGCGUGUGUUAGGACUGUGCCAAGGAGAUCGCGUCAUUUCACCAGCGGCGCGAGGAUGCCAAAAUGUGCGCCUCCUGCGGGAGGAAAACCGACAAGGUACGAUAUUGACAUGGCAUGAGGAAGCCACCCAUCCGUUAUCGUAUCCGUCUUUCGCUUUCGCUUUGUGUCUGUGUUUGGUCAGUUGCGCUUCGGCAUGUGCGUGGAUGGCGACCGCAUUGCCUUCGACUAUUUCUACCUUUGCUCGGACGUACCCACACACAGCACAGACACACGUAUAUGCGCACCCGUGACGCCAUCUCCCUCUUUCCCUGCCUCCCUCAAGAAUUGCUUCCACGCGCAUCAGCAGCCAGCCAACGAGGCAUUUCGGCUCAUGACCAGCCCACCUGCACCCGGACAGCUGAAGUGUGACGUUUGCUCGCAAGACGCCACACAGCCGAAGGUAUGACCCACCACACACACACACACACACGCAUGCAGAAAGAGGGAGAGAGGGGGAGAGAGAAUGAACGGGGGCGGUGUUGCUGCGUGUGUUAUAUCAGCGAUGUGGUGGAUGCCGGCAGCGUUUGUACUGCUCCAAGGUCUUCACAUGAACUGAACACAUCAACGCAAACACGAAGAGAGGAAGGGAUUGUGCUGUGCUGUGCUGUGGUGUUUAGGAUUGUCAGGCUGUCGACUGGCGUGACAUGGGCCACAAGGACCUCUGCAAGAGACUAGCAGACACCGAGCACAACACCAGCACCAACACAGCAGAGGGCACACAGACCGAGAGCACUGUCCUCAACUGCGAGAUCUGCGGGCGGACAGCAACAUAUGUGAGUCUGGGAGGGAGCAAGAAUCACCGACGACCGACCAACCGUGCACCGAUGUGCAGAGUUUCAUGAACGUCUGCGGCCGUGCCGAUGGCCGGGAGAUCUACAAACGUGUCAAUGGCUGCCAUGCGACCGUAAGAUGACACAUACUUCGCCUCCACAUGUGGAUGGAUGGGUCGAUGGAUGGAUGGGUGGGUGGGUGCAGGCGUGUGUGCUGUUGAUGAAGAUGAUCUACGACGCCGACGUUUGCACGCUGGGUGGUGCUUCACUUGUCAAUGUCCCCGCACGUCCUGAGCCCAUGAACCGGAUCCCAUCUGAGGGGUGUGGUGUUGCCACGAAAUGCACGGUGUGCGGCGAGCCUGGCCACAUGGUAAGAAGAGACAGACAGACAGACAGAUCGACAGACAGACCGACAGACAGACAGGCGAUCGAAGCUCCCAGAGAGGCGCACCGCUGUUGUUUCUGUUGUUGUGUUUAGCGGUGCAUUCACUGUUUGCACGCCACCUACUGCUCCGAGGUCCCCCCACUCGAUGGAUGAAUCCCGCAUAUGUAUGUGUUCUCCCUCUCUUUUAUGUGUUCUCCCUCUCUUUGUACAUGCGUAUGGGUCGUCAAUGCAGGCUUGUCAGAAGGCGGACUGGGAUGCAGGUCAUGGCGACCUCUGUGCGUCUCUUUCGUACCACCACGGCCGAGCCAAUACAGCCAACACCGACCCCGAGGCCGACAGGAUCGCACCAAGCAGGACGGCAAUGCUCGCCGCAGCCAAGGCGGGACACGUCAUCGAGAUCAGAUUCUUGUCGGAGGUAUAAACAGAUAGACAGACAGACUGAUUAAGGGUACAAUUGUUGGUUCAAUCAGGAGACGAAGAAUGUGCACCACAUCUACCACCCGAGGACCACUCUUGGCAGGUGCGUCAAGUACAUCCGGGAGAAAGGCCUGAGCGAGCUUCCCCCCGAGCUGCGGCGAUCGAUACUCCAGCCGCGCGGCCUGAACGCCAAGGACCCCAAGGCCAAGUCGAUGUAUGCCCUGCUGCUGCAUGAGACGAUGCGCGACUUUGAGCGGAGGCUCAGGCACGGCAACUCGGGCUUUCAGCAUCGGGACAGAUCAGAUUACGGCGCGGUAGGCCAAACAGACACACACGCAACACGCGCAAAUGUGCCUCCACGUCUGUCUGCGAUGGGCAGGAUGUGUUGGAGUAUGCAUUGCUGAUGAAGGAGCUGAAGCUGCCGGGUGUCGGGACGCCAGACGUGGCGUCGUCGAUCGAAAUUCUGCUGGCCGACGAGCGCAGCGUCAGAGAGGCGGAGACGGCCAAGGGGGAGCUGAUGUUUGUGAUGUUUCCGUUGGCGGGGCGCACGUGGGAGCAUCCGGCCGAGGGAGAGGACUGAUGUGGAUGGAGGUGCAGUGAGAGCUUUUUUGUGUGUUUUGUGGGUGGGUGAGAGAAGCCACAUCGUGGAUGUUCUUUGAUGCAUGUUGGGGCUCCCUUUUUUGGAUGCGCUUAUGUGCCAAGCAGCGUGCAUUGUGUUUAUGUGCAUUGUGUUUAUGUGAACAACUCUUUGAGACGCAUCCAGUCCGUGCAUGUAUGUGGGCAUCCAUCAAUCUCAGACAUUGCCCCGAUA